AUGGCCACGUUGGCUACCGGUUUUAGCAAUGUGAUUGGCAUGAGCUCGAGGAACGAGCUUCGCGGUCGUAAACAAAAUGUGGAUGAUUGGUACAAGUUUAUGCAACAAGGUGCGGAAACCGUGCACGCGGCAAACCCUAACGUCCUCGUCAUCCUCUCCGCCCUCAAUUACGAGAUAGACCUUUUGUUUCUCCGGAGCAGACCGGUCAGCGUCUCUUUCGCGAAGAAACUGGUUUUCGAGAUGCACUGGCACAGUUUCUCCAACGGCAAAGCAUGGCAAUCAGGAAACCCGAAUGAUGUGUGUGGAGCAGUGUUAAAGGACCGAAUGAGUCGGUCCGUAUUCUUGCUGGAACAAGGAUAUCCAUUGUUCGUGAGCGAGUUCGGGAUCGAUGAAAGAGGAACCAAUGUAAAUGAUAACAGGUACUUCAAUUGCUUCAUGGCCGUGGCCGCUGAUCUCGAGUGGGACUUUGCAUUGUGGAGCCUGCAAGGGAGUUACUACUUGAGGGAAGGAGUGGUAGUGCCUGGACCAGGAGGGCAACAACCAGUUUCACACAGGGCCAUAUUCCACCCCUUGUCCGGCCUCUGCAUAUUGAGGCAUUCACCGUCGUCGCCGCUCGUUUUGGGUCCAUGCACGAACUCUGAAAUGUGGAUCUACACGCCCCAGAGCGGGCUGUGGCUCGUGGGGUCGCAUCUGUACCUGCAAGCUGCCGAGGUGGGGAAGCCGGUGAGCCUGUGCGAGUGCAAAGGCAGGUGCCCAACGGACCCCGGCAUGAUAUGGGAGAUGCUAUCGGCCACCAUGAUGCACCUCUCGACCAAGGCCAAAGAUGGAAGCACCGUUUGCUUGGACGUGGGUGCCGACAACACCGUGGUGGUCCAGGCCUGCAAGUGCUUGAGCGGUGACAGCUCUUGCAAUCCGGCAAGCCAGUGGUUCAAGCAGGUCAGCAGCACUCGGCUCCGCGAAAACAAUCUCCACUAA